CAGGUAUACAAAGUAUACAGCUAAAUAUUGUUAUAAUUCACACAAAAUUGUUCUAUUGUACAUAUUAUGAUACCUGAUCUAAAGGUGCGCUGCUCCUUUAAGUGUUGCGUGGUCACAGUAUGACCUAAUUUCCUGUCCUGUCUCCUCCUCUUCCCUUUUGAACUGUGAUUCGAUGGAAGAGGUAGGUUUCUUUUGUCAUCCUGUUAAUUUUAUUUAAUCCUUAUGUUAAUUAUAUCUUUUAUAUUUGUAUUUCCACCCAAACUUAUGUGUAAAGUACUGUUUUAUUUAUCCUUGGGAUUAUUUUUGUUAUUUUACAUUCUUUGAGGUAUAUUUCUGUCUUUUAUGUGAAACAAGCACAUGGUAAUGGAGGCGCACCAUAUUUGUUUUAUAGAGUGUUAUAAGGGCCACUCGAACUGAGGCUGCUUAUUUUUUUUCUCUAUUGAUUCAGUAAAAAGAUCCAGUGAAUCGGCUGCCUGCUGUCCCGUGUCUGAUUUCUACAUCCACACAACGUAACACAACGCAGACCAAGUUUUAAUACCCGGUGUCGCUAGCCGCACAUCACGCUGGGCACAAGCGAGCCGCACGGGUUACACGUGGUGCCGUGAACCUUUGGGUUUCGCAUGAUCGGCUGUUCACCGAUCGCCGGAGUCGCUGCUUCAACAGACGACGGGUGUGCUGUUCCGAAUCGCUGGAGGAGUGUUUCGCUGACCGCGGAGGCCGCAGCUCGUUUCAUCUCAUCACCUGUGCUCGACCAGUUCACUGUAUCUGCUGCUCACAUCAAGUAGGACGGCUUUAAUCGAACGAUUGCUUUUUGUGAGGUAUGGUAGAGAACUGUUUUGUUUCUAUCGACUACUAUUCGCUGCAUAUACACUUUGAUGUUUGUUGAACUGUUCCGUGAAACUGAACACUCAUUAUAAAGGAGUUUUAUCGUCACGUGGAACUUUUUUUUUUUUCUCAUUCUCCGUGCAACUGUAUGCUGAACUGUUCUUCGCGCUGCUGCACGCUCAUAAUAACGGAGGUUUUUGUGAUCGUCACAUACAUAAGUUUUUUUUUCUCUCCGUGAGACGUCACACUGAACUGCUUUGAAAGAGCAUUAUUACAUGUGUUUCUGCAAAGUGUAUAUAUUUUUCUGCAUACUAUGUUAUGUCUUUAGUGCUUUUAAUUCCAUUUUCUGCAUAUCUUUUGGUAUUUACUAUUCAAGUUGAGUCAUGUUUGAGGACACUGUUAGUCAAGAUAACUUUAGCUCUGUGCAACAACCUAACGCCAUGUUUCCAGUGGGCAGGGGUAGUGGGGCUGUGUUUAGUCGUCCUGACAAAAUGUCUGAAACUCCACCUCAAUGUUUUGGGAGGGGAAGGGCAUUUUUUAAUGCAGAAAUUGGCCAUGUACAUGCAUCUGAUUCAGCUAUUGGUGCCUCAGUGGGCCCUACUGCCUGUUCCACACCCUUUGCACGCUCAAACGCUGAUCAUGUUUUUACUUCAGAGUCCUUAGGCGGUUUUAUUUCUGAUUUAGCUCAGAAAAUUGGCGAAAGCAUUUCGGCCAGUCUCAAUUUAACACAACAACCCAGCCAAAUGCAGUCUAAGUCAAAUGUGCAGCAUUCAGAUGACGGUGCUGAUACGUCAAAAUUGAAAGUGAUUGUCCAACAUGAUGUGACACCUCCACCAUUCUUUAGAGGUGAUCGAAGUGAUUCAUUUACUGUGCACGAAUGGGAGGACAUGAUGUACAGUUAUUUGAACAGUAAGAAAUGCACUGAUGAAAUUGCUUCUGAUCUCAUUUUGAGCCGGUUGGCCGGAAAAGCAAGGGACGUGGUCAAAGUGUCCUUACGUAGCUUCCCAGGGCAGACUACUGCAGUACUCCCUGCCACAGUGUUUGAUAUAUUGAAGCGUAAUUUCAGCGAGUUAACUUACUCGAACAUGCCUAUGGCUGACUUCUACAACACUCUUCCUAAGGUGGACGAGAGUCCAAUGGACUACUGGAUACGGCUGAAUAAGGCGAUCGAUGUGGCCGAUGAGUGUUUACGUAGACGCAACAAGUGUGUUGAGGAUCCUGCAGCUGAAGCUGUUAUGAUGUUUGUCUCUCACUGUCCAGAUCCUGGCCUUGCUUUGUCUUUUCAGUUCAAGCCUGCCGAACAGUGGAGUGCUGCUGAGGUUCAAGAGCGACUGGAUUGUCACCGCAGGAACCUGAAAAGAACUUCUGCUAGAACCCAACGUUACUCUCCUGUGUUCGCCUGCCAUCAGGACACUGUUACUGUCCGUGACGAUCCUGUAUUGAGUUCUCCCAAACAGCCUGAACCCUCCUCAGGUCAGUCACCGUGUUCGAAUGGUCAGCUCAACCCUAACGCUGUUCCUUUUACGCCUAACGAUAGUAUGCAACAGUUAGUCGGCAUGAUGGAUAAAGUUCUGUCUCUCUGCACUGCCUCACUGUCCUCGUCCAAUCCUGGAUGUCACGUCACAACAUCAGACCCCAAGCCUAGUGUGAGCCCAGCAUGUAAAGUAUGUCGAUCUAAAGAGCACACUACACAUUCUCAUUGCAUGCGGCAGAGGCUUUGCCGUAACUGCUUCAAGCCUGGACACUUUAAGAGUGAUUGUCCAAAGACGACAAGCUUUGAGCCACAUUCUUCUGCCACUCAGUUAAACUAAAUAGCCCAUGUGUGGAAGGGGGCAGCAUGGGCAGUGAUGUACUUCCCCUAAAAGAUGAGUCAGACCCACAUGAGAUUUUUGUAAAUAGUUGCAAGUUGCAGCCACCUGACAAAACGGUGCUGUAUGUGGGAUCUCAGAGAAUCAAUGGAGCUAGUGAACUGUUUUAUGCUCCUGUGACUGUCAGUGGCC